AUGAGAGUUAAUUUUUUUAAGCGUCCUGUGAAACGAAUAGGAGAGAUUAGCUCGAAUAGCAAGGACGGUCGAAGAAGACUGCUUGUGCUUUGGUGGUUCGAACAUAAGCUCAAAUUGGUGUACGAGAGGUUUUUGCGUGCAAUUGAGGGAUUGGCCUCAUUGGUUGUUGAGGAUCUGAGCAAGCGAGCUUUAAGAACGGCUCUAAACCUUCUUGCCGAACGUCCUGAGGGUGAAAGGGUUAACAAAAUGGGUCAUCCAAAAACUCAAAUUGGUGCAUUCGUUGCAACGUUGCUUGAAGAUCUAACGAAACGGCAGCCGAGAAUGCGUCCCAUUAUUGUUGCCGAAGUGGAACGACUGAUUUAUAGCAACGUUCUGGAUUUGAUACUCAGUACCAGUAAUCACUUAAUAAAAAAUCUCAGAAUCCUUCCACCUGUUGGGAAUAGUGAUCAUUGUGGUAUCUCUUGUGAGGUUGCUGGCACUGAAUCUCUUGCGGUACCUGUGUAUCGCAGGGCUUUCUCGGCUUGCAACUUCACAGACUUGUUCAACUACCUUGCUCAGUUACGAUGGGUUGCUCUGCUUGAAACGCGCGAUAUAGACAUCGUAACGGGUAUAAAUACGAACUAUUUCUAUCCAUAUUGCAUCACGCUAUAG